GGGGAGUGUACUCCCCCUGCGAUAUUGGGAGUAAUGUCGUCCUCCCCAAACCUGGAUGUUAGCAACAAGAUCACAGAGGUGUACACACCCUGCGACAUUGGAAGUAAUAUGAUCCUCUCCCCACCUGGAUAUUGGGAAAGAUAUCACAGCGCGAAGGAUCCAGAACUGCAGACCGUCCUUGCUGGGCUGUCCCUGUCCAUGUAUCUGGUCACGGUGCUGAGGAACCUGCUCAUCAUCCUGGCUGUCAGCUCUGACUCCCGCCUCCACACCCCCAUGUACUUCUUCCUCUCCAACCUGUGCUGGGCUGACAUCCGUUUCACCUCGGCCACGGUUCCCAAGAUGAUUGUGGACAUGGGGUCGCAUAGCAGAGUCAUCUCUUAUGCGGGCUGCCUGACACGGAUGUCUUUCUUGGUACUUUUUGCAUAUAUAGUAGACAUGUUCCUGACUGUGAUGGCCUAUGACUGCUUUGUAGCCAUCUGUCGCCCUCUGCACUACCCAGUCAUUGUGAAUCCUCACCUCUGCGUCUUCUUCGUUUUGGUGUCCUUUUUCCUUAGCCUGUUGGAUUCCCAGCUGCACAGUUGGAUUGUGUUACAAUUCACCUUCUUCAAGAAUGUGGAAAUCUCUAAUUUUGUCUGUGAGCCAUCUCAACUUCUCAAGCUUGCCUGUUCUGACAGCGUCAUCAAUAGCAUAUUCAUAUAUUUCGAUAGUACUAUGUUUGGUUUUCUUCCCAUUUCAGGGAUCCUUUUGUCUUACUAUAAAAUUGUCCCCUCCAUUCUAAGGAUUUCAUCGUCAGAUGGGAAGUACAAAGCCUUCUCAGCCUGUGGCUCUCACCUGGCGGUUUUUUGCUUAUUUUAUGGAACAGGCAUUGGCGUGUACCUGACUUCAGCUGUGGCACCACCCCUCAGGAAUGGUGUGGUGGUGUCAGUGAUGUACGCUGUGGUCACCCCCAUGCUGAACCCUUUCAUCUACAGCCUGAGAAACAGGGACAUUCAAAGUGCCCUGUGGAGGGUGCGCAGCAGAGCAGUCGAAUCUCAUGAUCUGUUCCAUCCUUUUUCUGGUGUGGGUAAGAAAGGGCAACCACAUUCAAUCCCUACAUCUGCAAAUCCUGCCCCUUGGUCACAUUAUUUCUGUGGCUUGAUGGCUUUUAUUCCUUUCCGAAUUUCCUUUGUGAAUGUUGCUUUCUUCGUUAUGCCUUUAACUGGAAUGGACGUCUCACCCACGUUAGCAGGGAAUGGGUCCCUCUAUACUAUUCCCUCAGAACAACAAAAAGAUGAUGAAGGUGAUGAUGAGGAUAAAGAGGAUGAUGACAGACACCACCGCAUCAUGAACCCUUACUGA